AGCUCAGCUCCUCCUCCUUUCCUCCUCCAACAUCAGCCACCAUCACCGACAGACAUCCAGAGAGCAGGGCUUAAAUUCUCCGUACGGUUGAUGCUUGGCCUUCUUUUCGUCUCGCAAUAGCCCCUCUCCGGUCCGCCACGAACCCCUCGACUCCUUACCCCGCUCUUCUUCCCACCCACAAUCCCUCAGUUUCUAAGCCAACUACAUCAUCAUGGGCAGCCAGAAGCGGAUAGCCAAGGAACUCGCCGAGCUCGUCGAAUCACCCCCCGAGGGCAUCCUAGUCAAACUCGCCGACGAAUCCAACCUCUAUACAUGGCACAUCUACAUGGACGGUCCUGAAGGAUCACCCUACUACAACGGCAAAUUCCUCCUCAACCUCACCCUCCCCACCGAAUACCCCUUCAAACCACCCACCGUAUCCUUCAAAACGAAGAUCUACCACCCCAACGUAACCAACGACGACAAGGGCAGCAUGUGUCUGGGGAUGCUCCGCGCCGACGAAUGGAAACCCAGUUCGCGGAUCCAGGCGGUGUUGCAGUUCGCGCGGCAACUACUCGCGGAACCUAUGCCGGAUGAUGCUGUCGAGGGACGGAUCGCGGAGCAGUAUAAGAAUGAUCGGAAGCGGUAUGAGGAGGUGGCGAAGGAGUGGACGCGCAAGUAUGCGGUUGAUUCGUGAUGGGCUGGCUGGGCUGGGCUAUACUGGCUUGGGGAGGGGGAUAGGAGGUGCUCUAGUUCUACCGUGUGGAUUCGGGGCAUGGAAGUACGGGGCUACGGGUGACAAAGCUGGCUAGAUGACUAUACGAGGAACGUGGCUGCGGUUUACACUUGCAUGUUGCAUGUGCAUUAAAGAUUGUUAGCAUGGCUUCAUCAUGGCGGGCAGGCAGGCAAAGGAUACGAAAAUAGAUAUACCUUGGUUGGUAGCAUAAGCAUUCGCGCGUUAGUUAUAGCAUCUCUGGCUGCGUUCUAUUUUCAUGAAAGAGCUGAGACACGUUGCUGUUGCUGAUUAGCAUUCAUGAAGCGGAUGCCGAGG